UUUAAUGUUUUAUUUUGUUUAAAAUAAUGUUAUUGUGAAUUUUGAAAAGAAAAUGCAAGUAAAACAUGACUUGUAAAUUUCCUCCGUAUAUACUUCAAGAACUUCCUGAUAUUACAGAUGUUAUAAAUUACCCAUUAAAAAAUGUGCAUCGUAUUAAGUUUACAUGUUUUGAUGUGUCAAAAUCAUUGAUAGCGUUUGGUGCAACAAGUGGAGGUAUCUAUGUGUAUAACAGAAGUCCCUGUGAAUUUGUUCAGCUUAUACCAAAUAAGGAUGGUCCAAUAACUCGCUUAACAAUAUCACCUGAUGAAAAACAUAUUGGAUUUGCAAAUGGGAAAGGCACAGUUACCGUCACUGGUUGUGAUCAAACUCUCAGCGGAGGGCAUUCCUCUGCGACCUCUAAGGAUCACCAUGGCAACGAAAUCACAGCGAUGGUUUGGUGCGGGAACAUGCUUUUUACUGGUGAUGAUGUUGGAAGAGUAUCAGUGCUUCAAUUACAAAGUUUCAUUGCUAAAACAAUAUUUCAAAGCUCGUCUCAAAUAAUUUUAUGUCUCGAUUCGAGAAUUUGUCAAUUGGACGCCAAAGAUUGUAUGUUACUUGUAUCAACUCUCAGUCGCUGUUAUAUUUGUAAUAUUGUUCAAGAGCAAUACAGACAGAUUGGACAAAAACUUAGAGAUGGUGAAUUUGGUGCUUGUUUUGUAACAAAAGAUAAAGCUAAUUUGAACGGAGAACUAGAGAACAGUCAACAAGAUUAUACUGAAGUAAAGAAAUAUAGUAUUGUUGAUGGAGAAUUAGGUUUUACUGUCGGAGAGCAAUUUUCAAACACCCUCAUAUAUUGCGCUAGACCAUCUUCUAGAUUAUGGGAAGCGACAGUUGAUGGUAUGGUGCGGAGAACCCAUCAGUUUAAACAAGUUUUAGCUAAACAACCAAUGAAAGUCACAACAGAUUCUUUUAAUAAUGAAAACAUCACAAUUGAAAGUUCAGAUGAAAAUAGUAACGGACAAUCUGUAAUUUUUCCCAAACUAUACUCUAUAAAUGGUGCCAUAUUCUCUUUCAAUAGACAAGCUUUAUAUUUUUUAAAUGUUCAUAAUUUAGAUGAUACUUUAUGGUUUGAUAAAUAUGAUAAUAUUAUAGAUUGCAAGAUAUACCAUGAUUUGUUAUACAUUUGGCUCAGUAAUGGAUCUCUGAUUUGUACAAGAUUUAUGAAACUGCAUAAGUUUUUAAUUCAAUGUUAUUUAGAUGAAAAAUAUACACUAUGUGCGGAUUUAUGUGCUUUGUAUCAUGAUUAUUUGCUAUCAAGUGUUCCACCGAAGUUGCAUAUUUUAGUUGGAUUGAAGGACAAAUUAAGCAAUGGAUCAUUGGAUAGAAUUAAAGAUUUAUUAGAAAAGCUUGAUAGUUUAAAAUUGAGUGACGCGACUCAAAUGAAAUCAGGCAUUUAUGUUGUUGAUAACACAUAUCAUGCGCAAACAACCUUAGAAAAAUCAGAUAUUAACGAAGAAACGUAUACAGUGCAGCCCGACCCUUUACUAGCAUUGAAAGGUCUUAGUAAUGCGGUAUCAGAUAAAAUAACAGUUAGCAAAAAGAUAUUAAAAGAUAAAUGGGAAGACAUAGAAGAAAAAGUUAAACAAUUUAAUUCAGAAAGACAAAGUAUACAAGAAGUACCAUUAAAGAAUGUACAAGAAAUAAUUCCAAGAAAGAUAAUUCCUGAAGAUUUAACGGAACAUCCAUUACUAUUGGACGAGGAUAUCGUUUUUAAAGAUUCUAGUCAUAAAACCAUAGAAAUUGACAAUAAUACAACAGACAGUGAUAGAAUAAGCAGGUCGCUUUAUCAAUAUCAUAGAUUAAGCUUAGUUAAUAAGGAAAUGGAGAAAACGAAUUUAACCUCUCUAAUUGAAAGUAAAGCCUGUGAUAUUAGUGAAGUUUAUGAACUAAUGAUUUCUUUGGAGCAAUAUUGUAUAUCAGUAGGGGCUGUAGAUGAAUCAAAAUUCGUUCCUAAUGAUAUUUUUCUAACAUAUUUAUGCCUUUCAACGAACAAAUGCGAUUUAUUAGAUGCUAUUAUAAAUGAUGAAGUAUUAUACAAAUAUUUCGUAGAUUCCUGCAUAUCAAUAAAUGUGAAAUCACGUAAACUGUCGAAUGUUGGUUGUGAAUGCGGUUUUCCUUUACCAUUUGCUAGAACCAAUGAGAUACCAGUUUACUCGGAAUUGAUUGAUGAGUUUAUAGAAAGGCAAUGGUCGUGUCAAACUAAAGAACAAUGCUAUGAGAUUUGUAAAAAGAUGCCAUAUUUGUGGAGAAAGAUUUUAUAUCUACGAAGGAAUGAAGAUUUGUUGAAUGUUUUAAGAAUUUUACUGCAAAUGUUAGAUGAAUCUCUCUUACAUUCUUUCUUGCCACAAUUUACGUUAGACACGUGGGACCGUGCGAUCCAAUUGUAUGCAGUUUUACACGCAAAUAUGUGUUUAAAUUGUAACAAGAAAUUCGAUCAUAUAUCAGUUAAAGCUAUGCUAAGUUGGGAUGAUUUGGGUUCUUUGAUAAUAAAAUCAGUUGGAGGGAAAAAUGCAAUUGAAUUGAUGAAAAAGCACAGCACUUUAAUAGACAUGGGCUCUCUGACUAUAAAGUUCUACCAUUCUUGUUUGUUGGCCUGUUUGUAUGAGAAGUAUGACGUCACAAUUGUACCACAACUCGUCGAUACAAUAUACAGUUCUUAUGAAUUUGAAGAAUCUAGAUUGGAGAUAUGCAAAUUGCUUAAAUGCACUAAAAAUGGUGAAGUAAAAAAUACAGCGUUACCAUUGACAGUUGCUGCUAUGUCUGAUCAUUGGGGAUUGAAACUUCGAGAUAGAUUAUUUAUUAAAAAGGAAGAAGAAAUACCUCUACAAGAAAUCUUAAUAAACACAAUUGUAUUAUUUAAAGGGGUAAGUGAUUGUUCUCUUUGUGGUUUACCGUUACAGAAUGAGGUUUUAAUAAAAGAUGGCGGUCUAUGGACUUUUAAAUGUGGUCAUAAUUUCCACGGCGCUUGUUUAGAUUUAAAUAAAAUAAAAUUAUGCCCAUCUUGUUCUCAUUAAAAAUAAUGCCGUAAAUGUUUUUAAGUUAUUUAUUACUAGAGUUGUUUAAAAAUAGAAUUUAUAGAACGACAAAGUUAUCUGGCUCAAUGGAAUUAGUCACAUAAAAUUAUGGUAUAGACCUACAAGGAUCUUUAACAGUUACCAGUAAACAGAAAAUUCCCAACUUUUACAACUUAACCAUACUGAUUUUUAUCCUCGUUGCCAAUGUGGUGUAUGAAAUAAAAGUGGUGCGUGAAUCCAAUAUUUACAGGGUUCUAGAAUAUAAUUUCUAGGCACCUACAUAACAUUAACAAAAAAAAAAACAUUUAAUUU